AUGAGUGGAAGGUGCUUUACAUUCUCUGCACACGGGCCUCUAUAUGGCUUAUCGUGGUCCUGUAGGACAGAUAUGCCUAUGCGCCUGGCCAUAUCAACCAUUUCGGAUGCGUGUCCGAAUGAGUUUUCAAUUAUUAGUUUGCAAAAGGAAAGACGGGACUUUAGGGUGGUAGCGUCAGCAUCGGUAGUUUACCCUCUCUCUAAGAUACAGUUUCUCCCCAGUAAGGAUGUGAGUAAUCCUGAUCUGAUCGCUACGGUAUCAGACAGCCUUAGAAUUUUUGAAAUAGACAAUCUAAAGGACGAUGGUCGGGCAGAGCUUUGUUCUCGCGGCAGGUUGCUUGUUAAUGAGACGCGGCCCGUGCCCAUACUGUCCAUGGAUUGGUGUGCACACUCGCUUAAUAUAAUAAUGACUGCAAAUCUAGACACAACUGUUUCCUUGUGGGACAUAUACAAACAGGAAGUGGAUAUACGCUUCGUGGCACAGGAGAGGGCGGUCACUGACUGCUGCUUUUCAUUAAAGGACCCCAAUAGGUUUCUUACAUGCGGGGCAGAGGGAAACCUGAGAUUAUAUGACAGAAGAAGGAUGCAUGUGGCCAAUGAAAUUUAUACUGGUAAUGAAGCUAUUUUGAGGGCUCAGUUCAAACCAACCGAUAGCAACUUUAUUACAUGUUUUGGCGAGAAGAGCACAGAUAUUAUUCUUCUGGAUGCUCGGAGUACAGUUAAACCACUAGCUCGCCUUAAAGGUCACACAGACUAUAUCAAUGGAAUAAGUUGGGGUCGAGACUCACACGGGGGCUACUUCGUCAGUGUUGCAAACGACGGCAGAGCCCUCAUUUGGGACGGAGGCUCCGGAACCUACACUCCGUUCAUGGAGUAUGUGGCGACUUCGGCAUCUGGAGAGCCCCUGGGGCCAAUCAACUCCGUAGAUUGGAAUCAAUCAAAUCAUGAUUGGGUUGCUUUGACCGUGGAUGAUGAGGUGCAAAUCCUCCACGUGUAA